UUUGAAUGGUUCUUUAUAACGACGACCUUUGAAGUGAUAAAUUGUUUAUAAACUUUGUUGCCCGUUCAUAAACUUCAAAAUGUUAAAAUAUGAUUAUGGAAAACGCAUCAAAGCAAUGAUAAAUCGUGAAAUUGGAUUGGAAAAACGAGAAGUUGCUAUAAGCAAAUUGAGCCAUAAAUAUCACGAAAAUCUAUAUGACUUAGAAACGCGACUUCAUGAACAAAAUGCACGAUAUGAUAGAAUAAAAAAUAAAGUAAAAAAGGAAACUGAAAAAUGCAAUGAGAUACAAAAAAUUAUAGACGACUGGAAGAAGCGAAUAUCAGAAAUGCAAAACGAAGCUCAACGCUGCGUAGCUGAGGCAAUACAAAACCGCCAACAAUUAAUACAGCAAUUGGAUGAAAUACAUACAUUAAAGUUAGCAACCAAUACGUACAUUAAUUUGAACGCACUUCCCGAACGCAUACAAGGAGUUUUUGUACAAGAGACAGAAGUUCAAAGGUGUUGGCACCCUUUUUGCUUUGAACCUUUAAGUCACACGCCAGAGGAAGUGCGACAGAUUAUUUGGGGCAGUUCAGAAAAUGCUGUGGCCUAUAGUGAAGCAUGGGAGCGUCUGGUAUUCCGUUCGGUACGCGAAAUGCUGUUGCAAUCAAAUAAGGACAGUUAAUUCGUUCUUUAGUGGUCUCUGUUUUAUAUGGUGUUUGUAACAUAAGUUAAUGUAAGUUGUGCAUAUAUAAUAUACAAAUAUUUUAUUAUAUU